AUGCGCUGGGGCGCUGCAGCCUGCGCAAAACAGACCUCUCGGGCAAACGAUCAGAGAGAUUUCACGCUCGGUUCGAAAGGCCACAGUCCUGCACAAGUCCACGGCAUCGCGCAGUGCAACUAUGGCGUCUUGGCCGCAGAUUGCAAGAGCUGCAUUGACGAGGCGGGCAAUGAGAUCCUCAAAACCUGCCUUUACAGCAAAGAGGCAAUAAUGCUCUAUGACAGCUGUCUGUUGCAAUAUUCCAACUGGAGCUUUUUCGGAAAAGUCAAGGACUACCAACUGCGCGUUGGUUUCUGCUCGGAGCAGAAUGUGAGCCAGCCUGCAGCGGCGGCUUUUGACGGGGCGAGGACUCAGCUGCUGAAGAGUACCACCGCUGAGAUCAUUCGAACAGCGAGGAUGUUGGCGACGAGGGAGUUACAGGUGGAUGGAUCCACCAGGCUCUAUGCAUUGGCUAAGUGCAGGAGAGAUCUCUCAAACUUUGACUGUGGAAAGUGCCUUGAUGGCGCGGUUUCUAAAAUUUAG